CAGUUUACAUUUUGACACCUGUGGAUCCUGUUAUCCUCACCGAUUUCCUUCUUUUAUUUCGCCUCGAUAUUCGAUCAGAAGGUAUAAUAUUGUUCAAUUUAUGGUUUAGAACGUAACCAUGGCGUCAGUGCCUUCGUGGAAGCAGGCCUUGCUCAGUAAAAAGCACCAACAACAGGAUGAAGACCGUCGUCGGUAUGAGCAAGAGCAAAAACGUUUGUCAGCAAUGCCAAGCUGGAAACGAGAACUGAUUUUAAAGAAGAAAAAAACCCAUGACAGCACUGCCCCAGCUGGGGAUAAGAACAUGGUUAUUAUCGAGAGUUCUAAUAAACAUUCAGAGGGUGUCAAUGGGAGGAGUUAUUAUCCCGAGUUCAGUGGGUCACAACGGACCACACCGGAUUCCGGUUUCGAUGAAUCGGAGGAGGCAGCGGUUCGGGCAGGGCACCCGGCAUAUAUUCAGGAAGCGCGGUGGGUUCAGGUCAAUUCCGCUAAAGCUGGCCAACCGCAUGUGCAACGUGCACAACAAGACAUUCCUGAUGGACUACCUGUCGAAAAUGGCGUGGCAAUGUCAAGGCAGGGCGAUCGUAACUCGGACGAUGAAUUGCCUUAUCAGCCUGGAUUCGUUCACAAACUUCUUGAUAAGUUUUCGCACAUGACUGUUAAUGAGCGUGUACGGCGUGUUUCUCAGGGAGGUACUGAGUAUUCAGACGACUCGGGCGGAAGUGCCAAGUCGAGCCCGCGGUAUGAGAGUGACCAUAAACAUGAUCCGUCCCGCGCCCAUCAUGGUAGCAACGAGAAUUUAUUACAGGAGAAACAAGUUCAUGUACCGGAGGAGAAAGUGUUACGGAAAGAAAACAUAACUUCCAAAGAAGAGCGGUCGGUUUCUUCCAAAGAGAAGGUGACGGUGGAGAAGAUUGAGACGAUCCCAGGUGGGGGGAAGGUAGUGAUUGUGAGUUCGUCUCUACCUAAUCACGGUGCUAGGAUACCCAAUGGUACUCUUCCAGACUCUCGGGACUCAAUAGAUGGCAAGGUUACUGUAAGUUAUGGCGUAAAAGAUGAGAAAGUGGAAGAACCCGUUGUUAAAAACAUUGUCUCCUCGUAUAAAAAUAUCUUCGAGGGGGGUAAGAGACGCGCAGCUCCACCUGCUCCUAAGGUUCAAGUGGGGCGACAUUCGCAGCCUGUGCAGAAUCAUACACCUAUUAGCCCUGAGACCAAUGAGGUCCGUAGCAGUGACAGUGUUCGAAUUGUUCCUAGUCAGGCUAAACCAAGUAACACUUCAGAUAAAGUUGUUGCUCAGUCAAAAUCUGAUGUGAAAGUGACUAGGACUAAGUCGCCGAAGAAGGGGACGCCAGAUGUGGACUCGAUACAGAAGAUACGGGAGGCGGGGCAGUCGUGGUUUUAUGGAAAAGAUGAGCAGGGAAACGAACAAAGGGAUUCUAUUGGUGCUACUGUAGUGUCUUCUGAGAAAACCGUGCGGGAAACAAGCGAUAUGGUCGUCCUUGUUAGUAAGAAGGAAAGAGAACCUAGUGUCAUGGUCGCAGUGGGUAAGAAACCGGACCCCGUUCCUGUGAAAAUAACUGUAUCACCUCAGCCUGUCGUCAAGGAAAAGAGCAAACCAGAACCACCUAAAAACAUUGAAAUAAAACCCAAGGAGACGGUUAAAGUAGAGAAAAAGCGAACAACAGAACCACCAAAGUUAGUCGAAGUAAAAUCGAAAUCUAAGGCUCAAGCAAAUGCUCAGUCUCCCCCGUCAAGUCUAACCAUGGUGGAAGUGAAAGUGAAAAAUAAAUCGAAGGGGUCGAUCAUCGUCGCCCCCACUGCUCCGCCGAGGAAGCGACAAGCCCCCGCAACCCCACCUGGUCGAUCGCGCGCUCCUCCUCCGCCGAUUGAAAACAACAAUGAACCGAAACGUUACGUGAAAGUCGAAAAUGUCACCACGGCUCAAACCGAUGUUGAUUCUGGAAAAAUCAUCAUCACUGAUACGGAGGAGGACGACAUUCCCGUCACGAAUAUCGAUGAUAUGGUUUUCGAUGACGACGACGAUGACAUCAUUGACAUUCCGGAUGUAAAAUCGCGUAAAGUUGCGCCGCCUAGCGGCAUUGAUACGCACUUGGAUUUAUCGAGUAUUGUCAAUGAGGAGCCGGAGAUUAAGGUGCAGCCGAUCCCUUCCCCUGUUCGGCCGUGCAACAUCAGUUUUGUCGGGGAGUACGUCAAGUUGGAUAAGAAUCUGUUGAUUAAAACGCGUUCAAAGGUUGGUCGCGGUCUCCGUUUCAAGGAGAGUACCCCCGAGGUUCACGAGUACCCCUCAGAGAUGACCAUGAUGUCGUUCUUCCCGGAAGAGGAGCAAGAGGAUUACGACACGUCGCGCUCGAACAUCAGCGAUGAUGACACUGACGAGGAGCCGGAUAUGAAGAGGGACGUGACAGAUAACAAUAUGAUGUCAUCGCCGAAUCAGGUUGUCGGUUCGCCAGGCGGCGCUCUAGGGAGUUACAAAGGUCGAUUUAUGGACGAAUAUCAACUUGGCACGGCGCCAGCACCGUCAGGACGACCUCUCGCGCAACGCAUCAUUCCGGAACCUGAGCCGGAGCCGGAGGAGACGCAGAUCAAACCUGCGGACGAGGAUGAGACGUUUGCGUGGUCAGAGUCGACAAACUCUGACAUGUUGUUCUAGAUUUGAAAGCUGCAUCUUUGGAGGUUGUCGCAUAUCUCUGUGCUGCUGUGAAGUGUGCUCAUUGUCAAGGUCUCCUCGGACGCUGCUUGAAUUCCCUGCAGCAGAAAUCUUUUGACGAAACUUCUUGGGCGGUACACAGAGCUUCGAUUUCUGACAAUUUCUGAUGAAUCCCUGUCCUCAAAACUGGAGCUCUGAAACUAUAUUGGUACCUGUUUGUAUCAAAAUAACUCUCCUACUCCUUUGAACCAUGAUAGUUGUGACAAUUUUAUUUUGCAAGAUACGGGUAUGUGACCUUGCGAUCAAUCAUUCCCUUGUUUACUUUUAUUCUGUCAUUCCAUUUUGAAAAUACCGGUAUGAAAAUCUCAUAUCUACUUGUUGAAAAUUAGUUUUUCGUUGGCUAAACAUUCCUUUUCAAUAUCUUCUAUACAUUCCUGUGUGUUCUUUUCUCGAUUUAACGUAUCUAGUGCAGUUGAAAUGGCUGGUUUGGACCAAGCAGUGGAGUUGAACUUCCAGACUCUCUCGCUGGACUGGCUGUCGUGACCUAAAGGCCUUUUAACUUGAAGUAGUCAUGAGAGUUCUUAAACUUGAUACCAUUUCAACGGAUACUGUUGGGUCAAGCGCAGCCUACUUUUCAACCCCACAAGUUCCGAAGUGACUCAAGCUUACUCAGGUUGGAAGGGGGGGUGACUUAAUUCCCCGGUUUCUCAAAAAGUUCCCCCGAUGGGACAUGGCUCCAACACAUUUUGUGUUUUGGUGAUAGCUAGCGGGGUGUUAACCACUAGCAUAUGUGGCUCCUCGAAGUUAAGAGUGUAACAGGAACAUUUAACCUUCUUUUGAAUAGUUAUAAAAAGUAAUUCACAUGGUGCUGAAUUCUAUGACAGUAAUGUAUUCAUGACACGAAUAUGGAAGUUUUUUUUAUCAUUUUCAUGUUGAUUUCUUGAACCAAAGAACUAAAAAAUGUUGUGUGUGGAUUGCAUAAAGUGAGGGACAAGAGAAGAUUUUAUCGAAGUGAAUACUUGGGGAAGGGGGGGGGGGUUCUUUGAGAAUUGUGUUCUUAAUAAAGCCCACAGAAGUUCUAUUCCUGAUUUGUCACGAUGGAACAUAUUUUGGAUGACCUGUAUAUUUCAUGUCUAAGACAUUUGCGACACCCUGUAUAUUUAACAUCUGCCGUGUAGACGUGUAAUAACGACUGUAAAUAUUUUCAUACCGAACAACGCAGAUAUUCAGCAGGGAUAGAUUGGUGUUACGCACAACAUCACAUACUUAAUACCGAGACUUAAUAAAGACUAUUCUUUAUUAAUUCUUGUUUUACUCCGACAUCCUAACGCCUUGUAUUGAAGUUGAAAUAUCUUCUUUGCCAAUAUAUGCGGGAAAUUGAGCCUGUGCCAGGGCGUGACACUAAGAUACGACUACGUUACUAACCGUGGUUUCUUUUUUGGCCCCCUGGUAUGCUACCAGAGAACUAAAAUGCUAAAAUGUAUGCAGUGCACUACAGAACCACUCAUUUGAGAAGACAAAGACCAAAGGGGGUGAAUAUGCGGGAUGGAUGCAUUCAUUCCUGAUGGAGGUUGCUCCCUAAGCUAAAAGGUGCAUUUAGAAACUGUGUUGACAUGCUGAAGAAGGUUAAGGGGUGCCAGUACUGUAGGCAAUUUUACAUGUAAUAGGCCUAUGUGAAACUGAUGCACCUCAGCCCCCUUAAACAUGUCGACACAGUAAACAAUUCCUUUUGCUCGAAGCUGGCCCGAUGAUACAAGUCAUUUAGGAUGUUGGGGGAAAAUAAAUCGCGUUAUUUCUGACGAUCGGCUUAACAAUCCCACCAAUCAUAUUCAAGAAGACUGAUCUGAAAGCAUCUCGUUUUGAAUUAUUAUCUAAACAUAACCAUAAUUGUUAAAUAUUAUGUAUAGAUAGACGAUGUAGACAAAUUUUUCUUUACCAAAUUUUGUAGGAUUUUUUAAGAGUGUAUAAUGCAUGCCUUUAAUUUAAUUAGGCGAUUUGGUAGUUCUUUAAAAAUCAUUUUCAAUGCGCCCUAAUAUGGGAUUUUCUUCAGUAUCGUAUGUGUACAUAAUGUUUGUUUGAUAAUUGCACAACCAGCCGUGUCGCCUGGUGGUGUAUAUGAUAAUGAAACCACUAGAGGCAUCUGGUGGCAAGUUGAUGUACUAUAGUAGCAAUAGACCUGUGGAACUCCUUGCUUGAAAAUCUUGCGGCAUGUUUUCCGUCCUGGUGAGGAUUCUUCGGUCGACAAGCACUAAAAAAGGGUGAACUAGAGACUCAAAAAUGUAAUCCUCUUGUAACUUUCCUUAAAAUGGUAAGAAAGUUAUCAUCAACCUGAAAUGACUAUCAGAUGAGUCAAUGUGCAUGCAAGUUUUUCAAGUGAGGUGUUCUGCAGAGACUAUGCAGAUGACGUCAUCACAAAGGACACAUUUUGGAUGUCAAAUUGACGUCCUUGACCCGCGUGGCGCACAUAGUUGUUGGCGGCGGUCGUGAAGUGUGGUGACGUCAUCAGGUGGCACACGCUGUUGGCGAUGUCAGGAGUGUCAAGGUCACGGAUUGACGUCCAAAUAGGCCGUUGUAAUGACGUCACUGAACAGUCUCGAGAAUUGUAUAAGUGUUCCAAAAAAUCACGCUGUUGCCAUUAUUCUGGAGUCUUCCCUUCAAAAUAUGUAAAUAUUGAUUAAAACGAUGUGGUUUCUGUAUAUGCUGUGUGUAGUGCUUUUCCAUUCCAUCUAGAGCCGCGACGUUUUGUACAUACUUGUAGCAUAUGUAUACGCGUAUUGGUUCCUCUUGAAUGGAUGCUCUCGUUAUAUAUAAUUGUAAUUUAAUCAAUGUCUAACUUAUGCUUCUUAAUGUUAUUCGAUACAUUUCCAUAAGAAAUCUGUAUAUUAUGAGCGAAGUUCUUUUGCUAAGAUUGUUUCUCGAUUGUCUCACCAGGAAACUUGUGUAUUGGUAGUGCAUCAUUAUGGUACUACGAGACAUUUCUGAUUUGAAAAAUUUCCGUUUUUCUCUGACAGAUUGGGUUUAUUUUCAUUGUAGAAAUGAAAGGACCUGCACCUCCGCUCUCUGUAAAACUUGAAAAAUUUGAAUCUGACAAAAAGAAAGGCAUUUAGAGCCAUAUUUAUUUUGGCCGAAAGUGCUUUUCCCAGUAAGAGCACACCCGAUCCCCUUUGCCCAUGCCUGUGAAUUGUUUGACCCCAGUCUUCUGAUUUGCCCUGGCUGUACAGUCAAAAACUAAUCAAAAUCCAUCACAGCUUAUUGUUGACAAGAGUUUAUAUUGAUUUGAAAACCAGACAACUGUAAAAAGUUAUGUUGCUGCUUAUUUAUCAAUAGUUAUUUUUCUGUCCAAUUACACUUAUUUUGGCAGAAGUGACGCUUACAUUUGAUCCAAAGUUGAUCAAGUUUUAGCCAUAAUGGUGGUGCCAAUUGUCAACUCCUAAUCAAAAUAUUCUAACACAGAUACUAACAUUUAUUAUUCUUGACAUGCUUUAGUCUAAAUAUUAGGAUAGAGGUUCUCAUCAUCAUUUCUGGCAUAAUUGCAGAGCUCUCAAAUGAAUGGUCACGAUAAUAGGUUUUAAAAAUCAGUAACUUUCGGGGAUAAGAAUGAAAUUUUUGAGACAAUUCCGUUUUAAAUUGUGACAAAGCCUGUCCUUAAGGAAUCCCUGCUGUAUCAUGAAAUGAAACUUGUGCAAUGUACAUAUGAAGUUUGUAUAUACGCCAAGUAGUUUAUUUAUCCGUCUUAUAUCAGUCGUGAUCACAUUCUGUAAAAUCGCUUUAAAAUUUAUUUUCAUGGUUGAAAUUAUGGCCGAUAAUUUUCAAAAGGGAAAUCUUGUGUUCUGGAGCUAAAGAUGGUAUCCUUUAAGGGCUGUGUCGCUUUAAAUGAACGUCAAAAUUAAAUUAUUUCACACAUGAUACCAUUUAAGAGAGCUCAUCGUCACCUUUCCAAUGAAUGGUCACGAUAGGAGGACAUCUUUUCUCCUGAAAGUCGCUGGUUAAGUAGGCUACAGUGUCUGAGGCUGAAUUCACUCGGACAGGUGGUCAGCCUUGACUCAGGAAGGUGGGUUACCCUCGGUGAGGUGGUUGCCCAUUCCACAGGGUGUGGUUACAUUUGCUGUGAACAAAUAUGUGAGCUUUGGUCUUGCAGUGUUGCUUUAUAUUUUUAAAAACGUGUUCCCAAAUUUAAAAUGUAAUGAGUUUUGCGAUGGCGUCAUCGUUUCACCCUUCUAUAGCUUUCAAUGUCUCCGCCCAAUUCAAUUGUUGAUUUAUGUUUCUGCUAAAGCUUGUAUUCUAUCAAUAUAAUCAAGAUAAAUAAAGACUUGGUCUUCAUUUGUUCUUGAUAUAACAUCUGUUUAUUUUUCAAUUCCAUUCUAGUGCUACAAAGAAUGGAUAACGACUGUGAGUCUUUGUCACUUCUUGACGAUACAUGUACAUUGUUAUAUAGAUUGGAGCCUAUGAUAUUAUACAGAGACUUUGUAGUGAUAUUUAGAUCACCAAAACCAUCAGAAUAUCUGUCUAUGAAUUCUGAUCCCUUUAAAGGUAUUAUAUUAUUGUUAUCAUAAGGAUUCCGAUUGUUUUUUUGGAAUUCGAGCAAGGUGGCUCAUGUCAUACUUUAUUUUAGCAUCGUAGGCUAUUCGAUUCGCUCAAAAUAAACAUCACAAAGUAAAUUUUCUAUUGGAAAAACCAACGACAUUUUGUCGUCUACCAAAUAUAAGUUGUAAGUUUUUAAUUUUUAAAAUAACUUUUUUCAUGAAGCAAAAUAAAUGGUCGCAAAAAUUUGCAGGCUUAAAGUUUACCUAAGCAUAAGGCCUUUACCCUUUCAAUUACCCCUGUAUUAAGGGUUAAAUCAUACAGAAGAACAUGUUAAUUAUUGAAUCUCAAUCAAAUUAUAUUUGAAUCUCAAAGCCUUUGGAACAAGUUGUGAAAAUCUUGGUACUGUCACAUUGGGUGACUUUGAAGAGUAGGGUAACUUUGAACAGUGGGGUAACUUUGAACACGCGACUGCAGACAAUUCUCAAUUCUCAAGGGUGUUCAGAGUUACCCUAUGUGGCGGUCAUUCAAUAAUCAAGAUGACAUUGAUGAAAUAGAACUCUUUAACUUGAAAUCUCAUCGGUUUGCUGACAAAAUGUGUAUAUACACACUGAAUGUAAAUUACAACAGUGUCAUUGUUUAGACAGAUAAACGACUUGAAAUCAUAAUCUUUGGCGCCAACCAGCCUAUAUUUCGACCGGGGGACAAAUUUGCCAGUCAGUUGUGCAGUGGAUGCCAGCACGUUCCCUGCAUCAGUCAGUUUCUUCACAAACUUCUGUCUUUAUAAUGUUUGUUUAACAUAUCAACAUAUCUGUGUUCUCUUAGAUACCUGACAUAUCGAUGUGCUUUCUCUGUACAAAUGUACUUAAAACUGUUCUGUGGUUGCUGUCCAUUGCUCAUACAUUAUUCUAUCAAGAACCAUUAUCUAUUCUUGAAAAUACGUGUUUUCAGUAAUAUACAGUAUGCCUUAGUUAUUUCAUGAUUUCAUUUACUUGAUUUACAAGCAUUUGAUUCAAAAAUUCAAACAAAUGCAUAAUAUUCGAAAAAAUUUUGAUUCAUUUGUUUUUACUUUCAAACUUAAACUUUUGAAAAGUUGAAAUACAUUCUUGAGUGUCUUACUUCGAAUGUAAAUAUGACCUUGAAACACAACUAAAAACACACAAAACAAAUAAUGAAAUAACUAUGGCUUGACAAUGAUGUAAUUGUCUCUUGUGCCUGUAGUUUGAUAACAAUUGAAUUCCAUCCUUUGUAGGUAUGUUAAAUAUGUUUGCAAGAAAAAGAAUGCGACUUAUUGAAUCCUUAAACCUAAAGUAUGGAGGGCAGACCUGCUAUGUUCCCCAUUAGGAACCAGCUGUUAUCCGCAUAUCAGCAAAUCAAUAUCUUAGUCAUAGGAUAUCUCUUAUAUCAAUAUCUAUUGCACACCUCACACCCUUCAAAGACUUUCCAAAACACCUUGACUUCUCUGGUGCGCUUUUUACCAUUCCUUUCCUUUAAGUUCAUUGAAAUGAGCAAAUUUCACAUCCUCCCAAAGCAGGCCGUUGCAUCAUUCUUAAAAUAACUUCAAUCAAAACCCUGCUGAAAUUUGCCUGAUUUGGAAAUAUUAUCUUGGCCAUUACAUUGAUGUGCAUCACCCCACUGUCCAAUCCUGAGUUAACCUAAAACUACCAAUGAUUUUCUGACCGCCACAAGCUUGUGUUUGAAGUCCAGUUUCAGCAGGGUUAAAUGAGCGAGUGUAUUUGAGGUGCGAUCCAAGGGCCUGCUAGGGGAGGAUGAAGUUUUUUCGUCUUAUUGGCAUAUCUACUUAUAAGAGUCUAUAACAGUUGUUUAUGUGUAUAUAAAUGUUGAUUUGUACAAGACUGCCUCGAGCGUCUUUCACUGUGAAAGGAUCAUGUAGGAAAUUUGAUAGGAAUAAAAUGUAUGGUUGAAA